GGAUGUGAGUUGAACAGCCAUGCCCGAUCAUACACUUUUAAACUAUCUGAAGAGGAUGACUCUGAUCAUACCCUAGCUUUGAAUAUGGUUUGCCUGUCUAAAGGUGCCAAGGAUGAAUGCAACAUAGUGGAAGUUGUGGGUCGCAACUAUCAUAAUGAAGAAAUUGCUGUGCCAGUGGCCAAUCUGAAGUUAUCAUGCCAACCCUCGUUGAGUUUGAAUGGUUUUCAGCUUCAUCUUCCAGUGACCUUCCGCCUGCGCUCAGGAUCUGGUCCUGUUCACCUUUCUGGACUACACCAGAUCUUUGAUAGGCGGGAUCUCUUGGAUGAUGAAUUGAGUGAAGAGGAUGAGGAUUUUAGUGAGGAAGAUGAGGGAGAGCUCUCCCCUGUCAAGCCAGCCAAGAAGAAGAAACAAAGUCUUAGCUUGGCUCCCCCAAAGGACUUAUAGCUGAUAUAAGUGGCCUUUACUACAAACUCUGGGAAAAGCUGUUGGAGGAGUCACAGGAGGCUUGAAAAAACAUCAUAGAUCUCUUUCCUUUUCUUCCUAGGAAAACUAGUUGCUGCUGUGCCUUUUGUACCUGGAAAGGUACUCUAAUACUUUGACUAUUGCUACUCAGUGUAGCGUGCAUCUCUAUGCAUUGUAUGACUUUAAGGACGCUGUGGCUUGGAGAAAUAGGUAAUGCUACUGGAAUUCCUCCUUGGGGUUUUUGUGUGUAUGGCACUGAGCCAGUUUGACUCUGUACAUGGUUAAAAUGUUUACUCCUUCUCUCAUCGCCAUAAAGAUGCCCACAGGAUUCACUUUCUGAAAAAUAAUAAUAUUUUCUUCUGAUUAUUUUUGAACAAUUUUUGAAAAUGUUAAAUACUUUCAGUAUAUGGGUUUGUUUUUUGAGUUUCCCCCCCUAAUUUAAGGAUUGUGCAUUGGCAGGAGUGAAAACAGCCUAUAUGUGUUUCCUAGGCAUAAUUUUCUUUGCAAGUCUCUUUUUUAAAUGUUUCUAGUGCUACCUUUUUUAAUAAGGUGCUUUACAUUUUAGAGUAAAAAUGUUUUGUAAUUUGUGUGCUACUGUUCUACUGGAGAGUUAAAGAAUUAGCAGUAUUAAUUCAUU